AUGGCCUUUCUUUUCUAUCUCCUCACGGCCACAACGGUCCUCACCCUCUCGAUCAACGCCUUCGUCUUCCUCGGCUCCGCUCUCGGAAUUCCCGCCUUGACCUUCUACGCCCGCAGUCUCGCCUCCAUCAUCGCCAUGCUGCUCGCUGCAGGCUACGGCGUCUUUGCAAGCGCUGCCCUCUCCCUCUUCGGCAAAGGAGGAAUGGGACAAUGGACUACGGGAAGAGCAUUCAAAUGGCUCAUGCUCCUCUUCACGGGCGUGUGGUUUGACGUGCAAGAUCCCGAGGAAUACCUGUCUAAGACUCGCCCCGCGGUAUUUGUAGGGAAUCAUCAGACGGAAUUGGAUGUUCUCAUGCUCGGACACAUUUUCCCGCGAUGGUGCAGUGUGACGGCGAAGAAGAGUUUGAGCAAAGUCCCGGUGCUGGGGUGGUUCAUGUUGUUGAGCAAGACGGUUUUUAUUGAGCGGAAAAGCAGGGAGCAGGCGUUGCAGGCUUUUGACAACGCUGCGAAACAAAUGAGGGAGGAGAGGCAGAGUGUCUUUAUCUUCCCCGAGGGCACGAGGAGCUAUUAUGAUAAGCCGGAUAUGCUGGCGUUUAAGAAGGGGGCGUUUCAUCUGGCUGUGCAGGCGCAGGUGCCGAUUGUGCCUGUUGUUGUGGCGAAUUACUCCGAGGUGAUGGAUUUUAAGAGGAAGUUGUUCGUUCCGGGAAGCGUGCCGGUGAGGGUUUUGAAGCCGAUUCCGACAAAGGGCAAGACGAAGGAGGAUGUGGAUGAUCUAUUGAAAGAGGUCAGGGAAGUCAUGUUGGCGGCGCUCGUGGAGAUCACCGAAGUGGCGAGGAGGGAAGGAGUUGCGAAGAAGCAACAGGAUGUUGGGAAUGGAAAAGCAGUCACCCCGGGAAGCAAUUUUGCUGGGAAGGCUAUGAAUGCUGCAGCUUGA